AUGGGAUGGUUUUGGGCAGAAUCUCCAAUCAUCGAAUCCUCAAUCCCAAAGAUUCCACAUGCCAUAUCCGCUGGCAGUGAUGGAAGACCUCCACCCGCAUGUCCCAUGCACAAGAGCAGUGCGCCGGCAGCAGUCACAGCACCAUCUUCCACGGAAUCCGCCUGUCCAUAUACCCCCCCGAACGCUUCAAAAGUUGACGAGCCGAAACCCAGCAGCAAGCGCUCCAAGUACAACCCCCUGAACUACAUGUUUUCCGACCUGUCCCAAGACAAAUCCGAGAAUCAAGCCGUCGCUCUUCCCACCGAGCGCGAACCGUCCACCAUUCCAAGAGGAAGCGGCGAAGGCAACUGGGAGUACCCUUCACCACAGCAGAUGUACAAUGCUCUGCUGAGAAAAGGAUUUACGGAUACAGAUGUCACCGCUGUCGAGGAUAUGGUAUCAGUGCAUAACUUCUUAAACGAGGGUGCUUGGGCGGAAAUCGUGGAGUGGGAGCGCAGAUUUGGUCAGGGUCUCAGCAAAGGAUGGCAGAACUGUAAAAGAGGAGAGGCAGGCUCGAUGGCGAGUGCGGAUAUGGGGCUUGAUGUUGACCAUGUCCCACAGCCCAGUUUGAUGAGAUUCAUGGGCCGACCGAAGGAAAUGACUCCAAAGGCUUUCAUGAUUCAGGUUAUGGGCAAGAUCUACCCGUCCGCUUUUGGAACGGAACCCCCCUUCGAUCGACACGACUGGUUUGUCCAGCGAGAACAUAACGGCAAGAAGCAAGAAAUUCGAUAUGUCAUCGACUACUAUUCCGGUCCACCUGAGCCUACCGGCGAACCAGUGUUCUACCUCGAUGUUCGCCCAGCGGUCACACCAACCCAAGCCGUCGAGAGAUUGAUGAGAUGGGGUGGAGAUGUUUGGUAUCGAGCAUCUGGUGCCGCGUUGCAUGAGAGUGCAACGACAAAUUAG